CUGACAGUGACAACCAAAUGGAUAACCUAUUCCUACGUCCUAGUAGCAACAAGUUUUUGUUUUAAAAGUUAUUCUAAAUUAUUUACAAAUAUGAAGAAUGGAUGAUUUCGGGAAACACGCAUCAUCAUACCACUUGGAUCAGGAAAUACUCGACGCUCGGGGUAUCAACAUGACUGUCGAGGAUGUAGCUGGUCUGCCGACGUGUAAAUAUACUGAAAGGGUACAUAGCCUGAAACUCAAUGAUGAUGACCUGGUGUUCUUGAAGGGUCUUCGACGGAGGAUUAAGAACAGACUAGCCUCACAGAACAGUCGACGGCGUAGUAUGGAGCAUCUACGACGCUUAACCAGAGAACUUAGGGCCGUUAGAGCUUGCAGGGAUGACGCCCUAAGCGAAAGACGAGCCCUUAUACAUACUAGGACAGAGUUGAGAAACAGUUUUACAGCACUUCGGACUCAUGUUUUAAAGAUAUUAAAGCAACGUUCCGAUCCCACAGAAGUACCGGACAUUGAACAAGAGAGGGUAUGUCGAAAAGUAAAUCCUAUCAAAAUCGAUACAGCAGAGAGUUUGCGAGAAAACACGGAGACAGACAGACAAAUAUUCGAAUGUCGUAUAGACAAAUUAGUUCAACAAAGCGUUAACCAUAUUUACAAGGAAAAAGAGAAACGUGUGUAUGCGAAGACGGUUUUUCUAGAAGGUAAAAAAGUCUUGAACGAAAACGAUGGGGUCCUGAAUUUGUGUACUAAGGAAAAGAGGAGAAGUCAUGGUAGGAAGCAGUUGGCGCCGAGACGGAUAACGUAUUCCGAAGAUAGUAAUGAUGGUGUCCUUGACUUAAAAAUAAAAAAAGAAAAUCAGUGAAAUGUAAAAA